ACUCAUAUUUAGAGAGAGAUGGAGAGGUGGGGGGGAGAGAGGGAUUGGGUGGGGGUAUUUUUGGUACAUUGUGUGUUAAAAGGUAGAAUGGUGGAAGGUUGGCUUGCAAGACGGAUAGAGGGGAGCUCUGCGAGCCCUCAAGUGGUGGCAUGGAGAUUGGAUGGCCCACUAAUGUGCGCCAUGUUGCACACGUCACCUUCGAUACAGUUAAUGGGUUUCUUGGUUUCCCCUGUGGAGUUUGAACCCGUGGUUCCUAGAAGGACCCCUACUGCCAGGACUUCAACAUCAAGGUUUUUGAUUUUGGUUCAUUGCUCAUGUACUGGAGGGCAACACUUAUGUUGAAGUUGAUGUCGCCCUCUAGAUAUAUGCUCUCGAGGCUUAUGAUGGUGUACGCUCCUUGAAGGCUGAUGUGUAUGUGUUUGGUGUGUUACAUGCAGAGCUGCUCACCACCAAUACGCAACGUAACAUUGGUGAACGAUUUACGUGGUUGCUUAAUAAAGUUCAGGGUGGUGAUAAAAAGAUUAUAGAUGAGUCACUGGUGCAAGAUGGAGAUGAGCUCGUGAAAAGCAUCGACAGCUUAGUCAUGGCAUGCCUGAAAGUAGACCCGCAUGAACGGCCGGAUAUGAAGGAUGUUUUACUCGGGUUGUUGAAUUUGCCCAAGGGGAGAAAGAGAGCUCAACACAAUCAGGUCCUUAGAGAGGGGGAAUGUUCAUUGAAAAAUAUUCAUGCACAUUGUGCAUUGAAGAGGUAGUGCUGGAUUAAUAUUUCACACAAAUUCCCAGACCCUACUUGCGAGAAUUUAUUGGGUAAGUUUCACUAUUUUACAAUAUUUUUGUUAUGUGUUUUUCAACGAAAUGCUACGGAAUACUCCAUUAGUCCCAUAUUAUUUUACGUAUUUGACUUUUCAUGGCCGCUUAAACUGCAUUUCG